AUGGAUGUAACUGUCACACCUUGGGUGACCGAAAGCACACUGCAGAAUGAAAGUGACUGGGAGGACUUUGAUCGACAAGGUGAAAUGCCUUGGCUGACCUCACACAUUGUGGAAUUCAUCAUUUCCCUGGUGGGGAUGGCAGGAAAUGCUGUGGUGUUCUGGCUCCUGGCUUUCCACAUGCAGAGGAAUGCUUUCUCUGUCUACAUCCUCAACUUGGCUGGAGCUGAUUUUGUCUUUCUAUGCCUCCACAUGCUAAUCUCCAUUAUGAAUUUGGCUGAAUGUAUAUACUUCAUCCACCUGGAACAAUUUUUUUUUUUAGGAUUUGUCUUUUCCUAUCUUGCAAGCCUGAGCAUUCUCACUGCCAUUAGCACUGAGCGCUGCCUGUCUGUCCUAAAACCCAUCUGGUAUCAUUGCGACCGCCCAAAACAUAUGUCAUCUGUCAUCUGUGCCUUAAUCUGGGCCCUGUCCCUGUUCCUGACCAUCCUACGUACAGAGUUCUUUGGCUUAUGGCUCAUGCAUAGUGAUAGUAAUUUGUAUUAUAUCAUUUAUUUCAGCAUUCCCACAUGGCUAAUUUUCUCCUUUGUGCUUAUGUUUGGGUCCAUCCUGGUGCUGCUGGCCAUAUUGUUGUGUGGCUCCCUGAAAAUGAAACUGACCAGGCUGUAUGUGACCAUUGGGCUCACAGUGCUGGUCUUCUUCUUCUGUAGCUUGCCCUGGGGAAUACGUGAUGUUCUCAUAUUUGGGAUGCAAAAAUUUGCUUACAGGGACACCUUUAAAGUACAUUUAAGGACAAAGGUGUUAUCCUGUGUCAACAGCUGUGCCAAUCCAAUCAUUUACUUCGUUGUUGGUUCUUAUAGGCAGCAGCAAAGACAGCAAAGAAAGAGCCUAAAACUAAUUCUUCAGAGAGCUCUGCAGGAUGUUCCUGAGGAGGAUGAAAGUCAAGGCAGCCCUCCUCAGGAGACCCUGGAGAUGUCAGGAAAUAUUCAUGUGGCCUAA